AUGAAUAACCACAACCACAACAAUCAUUUCAACCAUUACAGCAAUCAUUCCAAGUCUAAACCUGAGGAAAAGGCCAGAAGAAAACGACGGAACAACUCCAGAAAUGGAGCUCCACCCAGCAGCUUUGAUUGGACGAUUAUUCCACAGGCAGCUUAUGAUGAUGAUGCGUUGAUCAAUAAAAAGCUUCCCAAGGAGUUGUUGUUACGCAUCUUCUCCUUCCUUGACGUAGUGUCACUAUGCAGGUGUGCUCAGGUGUCCAAGUACUGGAAUAUGCUGGCCUUGGAUGGCAGCAACUGGCAGAGGAUCGACCUGUUCGACUUUCAGACGGAUGUAGAGGGUCCAGUAGUAGAGUACAUGUCACAGAGAUGUGGUGGCUUUCUCAAGGAUCUGAGUUUACGGGGCUGUCAGAGUAUUACAGAUGCUGCAUUACAGACGUUUGCCCAACAGUGUAGGAAUAUAGAGUGUUUAAUCUUGAAUAAAUGUAUGGAUGUGACAGACUUAACGUGUGAUAGUUUAAGUAAAUACAGCAGCAAGUUGCGCAAGCUUGACUUGGCCUCCUGUCCCAAGAUUACAGACCUCUCCUUGAAAUAUCUCAGUAAUACGUCUCAGGGACGGGGCUGCCAGCAGCUGUCAUAUCUAGACAUCUCCUGGUGUCGGAACGUCACCAAUGAGGGAGUUAUAGCCCUGGCCGAGGGCUGCCCACAGAUCAACACAUUCUUUUGUCGAGGUUGUACUCAGAUUGGUAAUGAAGGUAUAGAAAAGCUAGCCUUGUGUGCAGAGAAUUUAAUGAAACUCAACAUCCAGCAUUGCUCAAGUAUCACAGAUGAAGCGAUUGCUACAAUAGGUCUCAAGUGCCCGGGUCUAACCUUGCUGUGUGCGUCCAUGUGUGUCCACCUUACAGAUGCCAGUCUUGUAGCACUGGGACAAGGAUGUCCUGAACUCAGAACACUAGAAGUGUCAGGCUGCAAUCUGCUCACAGACAGUGGUUUCCAAGCCUUGACAAGAAGUUGUCACAACCUGGAGAAAAUGGAUUUGGAGGAUUGUAUACAGAUUACAGACGCUACUCUAGGUCACAUCGCAAUGUACUGUCAUGAGAUGAGUGCUCUUUCUUUGUCUCACUGUGAGCUGAUCACAGAUGAAGGAAUCCGCCAGAUUGGCUCCAGUCCUUGUGCCAUGGAACACCUGCAGAUCCUAGAGCUGGACAACUGCCCACUCAUCACAGACGCAGCACUAGAGCACCUCAUGGGCUGCCAGUCUCUCCAGAGAAUUGAAAUCUAUGACUGUCAGCUGAUAACCCGAGCUGGGAUUCGACGACUACGGUGCCGCCUACCAGAUAUUUUGGUGCAUGCCUACUUCGCUCCAGUGAGUCCGCCCACGUCUGUCGGUGGGGGCAGACAGAGAUACUGUAAAUGUUGUGUCAUCCUCUGA